GUUAUUGCAUUCAGAGCAGGCGGUGCCUGUGGUGGAAAGUUUAAAAGAGAACGUGUGUCCUCUUGUCCCUCAGCAGAAGCAUCAAUCAACAUGAUCCCCAUUGUGCUGGCCUCAGUGCUCAUUGCUGGCGCCCUUGGGUGUGGCAAACCACCCAUUCCUCCUCUGACGUCCCGUGUGGUCAACGGAGUCGAUGCCAGGCCUCACAGCUGGCCCUGGCAGAUCUCCCUGCAGUAUGAGAAGGACGGUGCGUGGAGACACACUUGCGGGGGAUCGCUGAUUGCUGCCAACUGGGUCAUGACUGCUGCUCACUGCAUUAACACUCAGUUCUCCUACAGGGUGUUUGUGGGCAAAUACAACCUGGUCGAGGAAGAGGCCGGCUCCCAGGCUGUCCUGCCUGAGAAGAUUAUUGUCCAUGAGAAAUGGAACCCCAUCUUUGUGGCCUUCGGUAAUGACAUCGCCCUGAUCAAACUAUCAGAGUCUGUGACUUUGAGCGACCAGGUGCAGUUGGCAUGUAUCCCCCCAGCUGGCACUGUCCUCUCCAACCUCUACCCCUGCUACAUCACUGGGUGGGGAAGGCUGUACACCGGAGGCCCCAUAGCUGAUAAGCUGCAGCAAGCUUUGAUGCCUGUGGCAGACUAUGCCACCUGCUCCCAACCUGACUGGUGGGGUAUCGCUGUAAGGACCACCAUGGUGUGUGCCGGUGGGGAUGGAGUUGUGGCUGGAUGCAACGGUGACUCUGGUGGGCCUCUGAACUGUCAGAACGCUGAGGGUGUCUGGGAGGUUCACGGUAUUGCAAGCUUUGUCUCUGGCCUUGGCUGCAACUUUGUGAAGAAACCCACCGUCUUCACCAGAGUCUCUGCUUUCAAUGAUUGGAUUGACCAGGUUAUGAUGAACAACUAAGGAAGAUGGCAUGUCAAUAAAAGUAAAACAAACAAACAAAAAAAAACAGCAAACUGCAUCUAUUUUGCUUGUUAUUGUUUCAAUACCCAUUACAUUAGUGCAAACUCAGGUCUGAAAAACUUACAUCCAAAUGAAAAAAUAAAGAAUACUAACAACAACAACAACAACAACAACAACAACAACAACUGGGCAGCAAAUGAUUUGACCCUGUCCUCAAAGGUUUGCUAGAAAUGGAAACAAUGUCACCAGUCGUCCAGCAGGUGUCCUCAUACACUCUUAAUAGGUUAAAUUGGUUCUGACAGCUUUCAAAAGCAGAGUUCUGUGCAGCAUAGCCAUUGUUUCUGCCAUGCACAAACACAACAACUACAAGACAUCUCCCUCAAAUAGCUCACAAUAACCAGGCAAAUAUUUCAGGAAAAAAAAGGCCCAAUGAUAUUUCAAAUAAGAAGUUUCAUACUGAGUGCAAGUGACUGAUGUAUGUUGUGAAGAAGAAAAAAAAAAAA